AAUCACUGAGAAAAAUGAAAGCUGUUGCUAAAACGCUGUUUAACAUAUUGGGGUAUUUUCUUAUUUUACAGCUUGUUUACUGUUUUAAAAACAAACAAUGGAUACAAUGGGAAAAUAACGAAAUAAAUAGAGCUGCCGUCUAUGACAUUGGAAAAUUAUGGCCAAAUGGUACCAUUUAUUACAAAAUACACGACGAUAUAAAAGAUGACAUAGGUCCAUUAGUGAAGAAUGCGAUGACAAUGAUCGAAAAUCAUACUUGCUUACAGUUUAUAGAAUGGCGGGGACAAUACCAAGAUUAUAUAUUCAUCAAGGACGAUCUAAAAUGCUCGUCUAAAUUAGGAAGACAAGGUGGCAAACAGAAUUUAUAUUUAUCAAUAUUUUGUCGAACUGUUGGGCAAAUCUUACACGAACUUUUACAUAGCUUGGGAUUUUGGCACGAAAUGAGUCGUAAUGACAGAGAUGAUUAUAUAGAAAUCCAUUGGAAUAACAUAAUGCCCGGGCAGGAUUUUAACUUUCAUAAACUUCAUCCGUGGGAACACAAUCUACUUGAUACACCCUUUGAUUACGAUUCAAUCAUGAUGUAUGGUUCGAAAGCAUAUGCUUUAGAUAGUGAGAAACCUACUAUAACGCCUAAAACUCCAGGAAUAAUCCUGAAGGAUGUCGAAGAUAAGACACGUUUAAGUAACAUUGAUAUUAUCAGGAUAAACAGAUUAUACCAGUGUUUCGAUGAAAAACGUCCCGCAGUACCGGAUCCUCCAGAAUACUUCUGUAAUUUCGAAAUUGGGGAUUGCGAUAUUAUCACGCAAUCAGGAAAUAAAGUUGCUAGUUGGGAGAAAGUUAAUGAACAAAGAGGAACUCUUCCAGGUGAUCAUACUAGUGGAUUUGGAUAUUAUUGGGUUGUCAAUGCGGAAAAUGCAGCGGGAAAGCAAGCUAUAAUGUAUAUGCCCCAAUUUCCUGAUAAUGGUCGUUCUACAGGAUGUUUAUCCUUUUUCUAUCAUUAUCGAGGACCAGGAACAGAAGCCUUUAUUGGUAUUCUUCAAACUGUUAGAGGCAGCUCCAUAAUUUUCUCUGGAAGGCCGGCUGCUGCCGGUACUUGGAAAAAAGCUUGGAUAAAUGUUGAUUUGAAUAUAAGCAAUUUUAGGAUAGCACUUGUAGCUGUAUCAACACCAACAAAUCAAUCUGGAGGGCUAUUUGCUGUUGACGAUGUCAUGUUUCAAUGGAUUCCCUGCAAAUAAUUACCGGUUUAGUUCCAGUAA